UACAGGGGUAGUAUAAAAAACAAAAAGAAUUCAACAUAUAUAGUAUUUAUUUCUGGCUCUGCCAUUAACCAAAUAGACAUUCAACCUAACACCAACACAUCUAACUGAAAACCGUAAAAUCAAAACCAAAUCCCUCGAAAUUAAAUCCAUCUCUGAGAGAAAUGGAAGUCGCCAAAAAGUUGUUUAUCCUAUCGGGGCAGAGCAACAUGGCCGGCCGCGGAGGCGUGGCGCAUAAACGCUGGGACGGCGUCGUCCCACCGGAGUGCGCCACCGACGGCCAAAAAAUAUACCGGCUUGCCGCCAACCUCCGCUGGGAGGUGGCGCAUGAGACUCUCCAUCACGACAUCGACACAAAGAAGGUGUGCGGCGUGGGGCCCGGGAUGCCCUUCGCCAACGCGGUGAAGGAGCGCGUGGGGGUGAUCGGGCUGGUGCCCUGCGCCGUUGGCGGCACCGCGAUCAGGGAAUGGGCGCGUGGGGAGCAUCUCUACGAGAACAUGGUGAAGCGGGCGAAGGCGGCCGUAAGCGGCGGAGACGGCAGCGAGAUCGCAGCGCUGCUGUGGUACCAGGGGGAGAGCGAUACGACGUCGCAGGAAGAAGUCGACGCCUACAAGCAUAAAAUGGAGGAGCUUAUCCACAACAUCCGUGCAGAUCUCAAUUUGCCUAAUCUUCCCGUUGUUCAGGUAGCACUUGCAUCUGGAUAUGAAAAGAAAUACGUGGAUGAGAUCAGGGCAAUACAACUGCGAAUGGAUCUCCCCAAUGUUGCUUGUGUUGAUGCAAAGGGAUUGGAGCUGAAAGAAGAUAAUCUGCAUCUCACUACUCAGGCCCAAGUUCAGUUGGGCUGUUCCUUGGCCCAAGCUUAUCUCACCAAUUUUUUGACUGAGAAGGCCCAUAUCUGAUUGGACUAUUGAGAAUGAAUUCCAGUACCAGGCUACCACUGCUAUUUUUAAUAAUGUAUCAUGAUUCAACAUUUUCCUAUUUUCAUGUAUGGAUCAAGUUUAUAUACGAUGAAUUUGCCGAAUGUCUAAUGAUUCCAUUA